GGCCCUCACUAUUUGGUGUAAAACAGUGAAUAGAGUGGGGUGAAUGACGUAAAUCCAGAUCCGCAGCCAUUAACAUCGGCGAUUUUGUCCAACUAAAAGAUUGCGCAUUUCUAGACAAAAUCAACAAUAAAAUAAUUGUCGAGCACUCCGCCGAGUCGCUCGCAUCGCAUCUCCCAUUUCAGCUACCUGCACUCCAUCUCCAAUGGCGCACCUCGUUCGGGCCGGGUCAUCGGGUUGUCUCGCCAAAUCCGCCUUCGUCGGAGCUGCGCGAUCCAUGUCCACGGCGUGGUGGCGCCACGUGGAGCCUGCUGCCAAGGAUCCCAUCCUCGGCGUUACCGAAGCUUUCCUCGCCGAUCCUAGUCCCCAAAAAGUCAAUGUCGGCGUCGGUGCGUAUCGUGAUGAUAACGGGAAGCCGGUGGUGCUGGAGUGCGUCAGAGAAGCCGAGAGGAGAAUCGCCGGCAAUUUGAACAUGGAAUAUCUUCCCAUGGGUGGAAGUAUUAACAUGGUUGAGGAGACUCUAAAGCUGGCUUAUGGGGAAAACUCCGACUUGAUUAAAGAUAAGAGAAUUGCUGCAGUACAAGCUCUUUCAGGAACUGGUGCAUGCAGGCUCUUUGCGGACUUCCAAAAGCGCUUUUCCCCUGACUCGCAUAUUUACAUUCCAGUUCCCACAUGGUCCAAUCAUCACAAUAUCUGGAGAGAUGCGCAUGUCCCUCAGAGAACAUUCCAUUACUAUCAUCCAGAAUCUAAGGGCUUGGACUUUGCUGGAUUGAUGGAUGACGUGAAGAAUGCGCCAAAUGGGUCUUUCUUUCUCCUUCAUGCUUGUGCUCAUAAUCCAACUGGAGUGGAUCCUACGGAAGAACAGUGGAAAGAGAUCUCAUACCAAUUUAAGGUUAAAGGACAUUUAGCCUUCUUCGACAUGGCAUAUCAAGGUUUUGCCAGUGGUGAUCCAGAAAGGGAUGCCAAGUCGAUUCGGAUCUUUCUUGAGGACGGCCAUCUAAUAGGAUGUGCACAAUCAUACGCUAAAAAUAUGGGACUUUAUGGUCAGAGAGUGGGUUGUCUCAGUGUGGUUUGUGAGGAUGAGAAACAAGCUGUGGCAGUGAAAAGUCAGUUGCAGCAGCUCGCAAGACCCAUGUACAGUAAUCCCCCAGUUCACGGGGCCCUCAUCGUUUCCACCAUUCUAAGUGAUCCAGAUUUGAAAAAAUUGUGGCUGAAAGAAGUAAAGGGGAUGGCUGAUCGAAUCAUUGGAAUGAGAACUGCUCUACGAGAAAAUCUUGAAAAGUUGGGUUCGCCUCUUACGUGGGAGCACAUAACCAAGCAGAUUGGCAUGUUCUGUUAUAGUGGCAUGACACCUGAGCAAGUAGAUCGCUUGACAAAUGAAUUUCACAUUUACAUGACUCGCAAUGGGCGUAUUAGUAUGGCUGGAGUCACUACUGGCAACGUCGGUUACUUGGCUAAUGCUAUACAUGAGGUCACCAAGUCAGGUUAGGACUGCAAUUUUGUUCUUGGAUGCUUCAUAUGUAUAAAUAUAUACAUAAUGGAGGCAUAAUUUAAUGCGAUUCUUGGAAAAUAAAUUAGAUCUGUGAGCAUACAAAAUUUUGAUUUGGGUACAAGUACUGAAGGAUAUUAGACCCCCAAUAACGCUGAGAGAUGGAAACUCUCUGGUUAGUCAGCAAAUAUUCAUAUUCCUGUUAGUGUAAUUUAACGGAUUUAUUGCAAGAUUUGUUGAAAAUUCUUACACUGUGUUGUAUUAAUUGACAUUUGAGAUGUGGCAACGAUUUAGCUAAUUUAUGCCAAAAUCUGUUGUAUUA